AUGUCUGGCUGGGAUCAGUAUGUGACAAAUUUAACGAGUCAAGGCAUUACACAUGCUGGAAUAUUUGGCGCUGAUGGGUCAAAAUGGGCAGCAUCUCCGAAUUUUCCUACUAUUGAUCAUAUCAAAGAUGAAUUAUCUAAAGCAUUUUCGACACAACCAUCUGGCAUCGUUGUUAAUGGUGAAAAAUAUAUUUUUAUACGCAAUCAAGAUAAUUUUGUUGUAUUUCGAAAGGGAGCUGAUGGAAUGGUCAUAGUCAAAUUAAACCAAGCUUAUAUUGUUUCCGUUGGAGUCAAUCAAAAACCUGAAAUGCUUGUAGCUGCAACAAACAAAAUUGGUGAAUAUCUGAAAAAUUGUGGCUAUUAA